CCCACUUGGAAUUGAAUUCCUUCGCUUUCCCUCUUGCCAUGUCAUGUGAGUAAACAAACCAAGAUCAAGAAAAGCUCUGUCAGUCUCUCUCUCUCUCUCUCUCUCUCUCUCCGUAAACAGAAACCCUCCUCUGACCCGAUAGUUCAGUCACAAAAUCUGCAUGUGUACGUUGCUGCUUACCGCGUCCCCAAGGCUCUUCCACCUCUAUCUUUAACGCUCGUUCAAGCCAAGCCAUCAUUAUUAAUAGGUAGUGCCAGAGAGAGAGAGAGAGAGAGAGAGAGGGGGAGGGAGGGAGCGAGGGAUCCGAGCACCUUUUCCAAGUUUUUCAGUUACUGAGGACCCCCCCACACUGCUUUUAAUUAAUUCCAUCCGAGUCGAUUAAUUGAAACCCAAGUCACCCUCUUCCGAGUCUUCUCUCUCUCUAUAUAUAACGUUCCAUCCACCCUUUGGCCUUCUUCAUAUGUCCCCUCAGAUCCUAGGACAAAACCAAUAGAGGAGGAGGAGGAGGAGGAGAAACAGGGAGAGUUCUUGAACGGCUCUCUUGAAGGAGAUCAACGCGGAGGCUGUUCGGCUUUGAAGCAGAAUCGGUUGAAAGAAGGCUUUUGGGGAAGUGGGUAUCAGUUUAAUUGGUGUGGUGUUGUUACAGAAGGGAGAGAAAUGGCCAUCCAAGCGCAGUUGUAUCCUGGGAAUAACGUUGGCGUUGGGUUGCCACCGUGGGGCUCUUCUCAAGGUUAUGGUGUUGCGGCCAACCACAAUGGUUGUGGGUACGACUAUGGCUUUUCCGGGAUGAAACAGAGAGAGCAGCAGCAAUUGCAAUUGGAGUUGUUCUUGCAGCAGCAACUGCAGAAUCAUGACCAGAGGAGCAAUGGAAACUGGUGUUUUGACAACACCUCGCUUGUGACUGCUCCUGAAGACGGUGCAUACAAGAACAAUCACCUUAGCAUCAACGACAUGGUUCAAGCAGCAGCACCAAUUGCUGCUGCUGCUGCUGCAUCUUCUUCUUCUUCUUAUUCCCAGAGCCUCCCUUUCCAACUCGAUCCGCAUGGCCAAGAAAUCGACCACCUCCUCAGACUACAGAACGAGAGAUUGAGGUGGCUGGUGCACGAACAGAGCAAGCGGCAAAUCGAGUCGAUGACGAGGAAGAUCGAAUUGAGAGUGCAAAUCUUGUUGAGGCAGAAGGACGAAGAGAUUGCGCAAGCGGCAAGAAAGGCCGCAGAGCUGGAGGAACUCCUGAGGAGGCUAGAGGUGGAGGGCCAGGAGUGGCAAAGGGUGGCCCGAGAGAACGAGGCCAUGGCCGCGUCGCUGAGCAACGCGCUCGAGCAGCUGAAGGACAGCGCCUGUUGCAGGACUUCGAGCUCGUGCAGCAGCAACGGAAAUGUAGGGGAAGACGACGCAGAGUCGUGCUGUCACGUGAUGACGAACACGAAUCCGAACAGGGAGAGUGGUAAACCAGGAACUGGCGAGGAUGGCGCUGGAAUUUGCAGGAACUGCAACGCGAGAGAGUCGUCGGUGCUGUUCAUGCCUUGCCGGCACAUCGGAUGCUGCAUGGUGUGUGAGCCUCUUCUGGGUUCUUGUCCCGUUUGCAGAAUGGUGAAGAAAGCUAGCGAGGCGGUACUGUUCUUCUAGGAUUUCUUUCUUUCUCUUCUGGGUUAUCAUUCGUUAGUUCAUUUUCAUUUUUUUAUCUUAUGUUUUGGUGAAUUCCAAAGAGCUAGGGUUAGAUUAUGGGAGGCUCUUGCUUUUACAUUUGUGAAGAUGAUGGUGGAGGAGCCAGAGCCUUCUUGAGAUGGAUGAUGCAAAAGGAUCGUUUUCUGUGUUGGACAAACUAAAAUUUUUUUAUUCUUUUCAAACGAGUCUCUCUUUGCUUAGGUAAUUCCAAGGCAAUGUCUUUUUCCUUGGAAUAUGUAUGUGUGAAUUUGGAGUAAGCAUCUUGUCAUCUAACUCUAAUAGACUUUGGCUGAAUUGAUUUGACAGUAUAAAAAUAUUACGGCACCGACAGAUUAUUGAAAA